CACACACAGAAGGAAGUAGAGAGGGAGGCAGAGAGAGAGAUAUUUAUAGCCUAGAGCGAAGCGGCUGCGCAUCGAUAAGACUCGGGAGGAACCUGCAGGCAGACAAGGCUCAUUUACACAGAGAAACGAGGCCGAGUCAAAAUGAAGCCGCUCUUUUCUUCUUUUAUACUCGGCACUGCGGUGCUCGCUCUGGUCGGCGCGGCCAGUACCGGUACCGACCCCGGGAUCUCCUUCGAGUACCAUCGUUACGAGGAGCUGCGGAAAGCGCUGGUGUCGGUGUGGCUGCAGUGUCCAACCAUCACCCGCAUCUACACCAUUGGAGAGAGUUUUGAAGGCCGAGAGCUGCUGGUGCUGGAGAUGUCCGACAACCCCGGGACGCACGAACCUGGUGAGGCUGAGUUUAAAUACAUUGCCAACAUGCAUGGUAACGAGGCCGUAGGCAGGGAACUGGUCAUCUACCUAGCCCAGUACCUUUGCAAUCAGUACCAACAAGGCAACGAGACCAUCAUCAACCUCGUCCACAACACCCGCAUCCACCUCAUGCCCUCCAUGAACCCAGAUGGCUUCGAGAAGGCCGCCUCACAGCUUGGAGAGAUCAAGGACUGGUUUGUGGGCCGCAGCAAUGCUCAGGGAGUGGACUUGAACCGCAACUUUCCUGAUCUGGACCGCAUCGUCUACAUUAACGAACGGGAGGGCGGAGCCAACAACCAUCUGCUGCAGAAUAUGAAGAAAGCAGUUGAUGAAAACACAAAGCUGGCUCCAGAGACCAAAGCCGUGAUCCACUGGAUCAUGGACAUCCCUUUCGUCCUGUCAGCUAACCUGCAUGGAGGAGAUGUUGUGGCCAACUAUCCCUACGACGAGACCCGCAGUGGAUCCACCCAUGAGUACAGCGCCAGCCCAGAUGAUAUAAUGUUCAAGUCUCUGGCCAAGGCUUACUCCAUGUACAACCCCAUCAUGUCCGACCCACACCGACCUCCCUGCCGCAAGAACGACGAUGACUCCAGCUUCAAGGAUGGCAUCACUAACGGAGGAGCCUGGUACAGCGUUCCCGGAGGGAUGCAGGAUUUCAACUACCUGAGCAGCAACUGUUUUGAGAUCACUCUGGAGCUCAGCUGUGACAAGUUUCCCAAUGAAGAUACGCUGAAGAACUACUGGGAGCAGAACCGCAACUCCCUCGUCAGCUACAUCGAGCAGGUGCAUCGCGGCGUUAAGGGGUUCGUCCGCGAUCUACAGGGAAACACCAUUUCCAACGCCACCAUCUCUGUGGAGGGAAUCGAUCAUGACAUCACCACAGCUAAAGAUGGAGACUACUGGCGCCUCUUGGCUCCAGGAAACUACAAAGUGGCCGCCUCUGCCCCAGGAUACCUGACCGUCAUCAAGAAGGUGGCUGUUCCCUACAGCCCUGCAACCAGGGUGGACUUUGAGCUGGAGUCUCUGAUAGAGAGGAAGGAGGAGGAGCGGGAGGAGCUGAUGGACUGGUGGAAAAUGAUGUCGGAGACACUGAACUUCUAAACCGUUUCGGGCCAUCGAUGUAGAAUAUAUUCAUUCUGUGUGCCCGUCACCCUCUAAAGAGUAUACAUCGUCUCUCUUUUGUUCCUUUUCUAUUAAUAUCCGGUAAAAUCCGUCAGUUUUGUUGUUUGCCUCGUGAUAUCUGUAGGUUGUUGAAAUAUGGCGUACAAAGCUGAAAACUAAGGAGGAUCUCGCAGGUAGUUUCGUGGCAGUGAGGCUGCUGUUUAUUUCUGUGGUGAACCUGGCCGACCUGACUAACAGAUGACUGAAUAAUGAGUAAUUAUGUAUGUAGAAAAGCUGUUUAUAUCAUCUUUUUGUUGUCCUGUUUUAAAUGUCUCUGUUUCUCCAGACUUUAGUACAAAAAAGUAAUAUAACACCUCUUUUCACUUUCUAACUGUGAGCACACUUGCUGAUAAUUAUUCAUCCUGUUUCUGUUUUGUCUUAUAAUAAAAAAAAAAUCAACACUAUGGUUCUGAGAUGAUCAGGGACAAUAAAACCACCGUAACAUCAAUAUAAGCACUCUACACAGACAUACUGAUGUACCUGUAUGUUUUUUAUUUUUAAAUUUUCUUUUAAUCUUUAGCACACACUUAAGCUAAAAAUGGAUGUUCAUAAUAUAUACUGUAUUUAUAAACUGCAUAUGACAAGAUGUGUAUUGUUUUUGUUACCAAGAUGAAGAAAAUAAGGCCUAAAAAUAACGCUUAAAACUAAAUUCAUUUCAAUUUAUUGAAAGCCAUUCCUUAGCACAUGCAAUGCACAGGAAAUACUACAAAAUGAAGGGUUCAAAUAUAUAUAUGAAAAUGAUUGAAUGUAUAAACAUAGAAAUGGAUGUGAAGCAUAAAGAUUAACCUGAUUAAUAAAUUCCCCCUCUUGUUGUGAAA